GGCACUGGUGGGUGGAACUGGUGGGUGGGCACAGGUGGGUGGGCACAGGUGGGUGGCACUGCUGGGCACAGGUGGGUGGCACUUCUGGGCACAGGUGGGUGCACUGCUGGCCACAGGUGGGCGGAGCUAGUGGGCGCACUGCUGGGCACAGGUGGGCGGAGCUUGCGGGUGGCACUGCUGGGCACCGAUCAUCAGGGCACUGAUCAUCAGUGCCCUGAUGAUCGGUGCCGAUCCCCGCUCUGACAACUGCCGGUUCUCGGCAGUAGUUUCCUCACGAUCUGACAGCGUGAGGAAAGUGCAGCCGAGAACCGGAACUUGCAU